AAAAAAAUAAAAACAAAAUUAAAUCAUGUACUUAUCUUAAAUAAUCCAAACUGAUUAUUCUAUAAAUUUUAAUCUGCCGUUUAAAUAUUUAAUUAUAACUAUUCAAAUCUUAUUUAUUCUUACAAGGUAUUUAUUAAAAGAUAGAUUAUUCGUACGUUUGUUUUUAUUAUGCAAUAACUUAGGUUUUAAUUACGUUUGAUUUUGAUUAUCAGAUUAAAAAUAAUGUACGAUACAGUUAAAAAAUUUAUUUCCCGUCACAAACGUAAAUUAAUAUUUAGUGGAGCAUUUAUAUGUGGCACAGCAUACAUAGUCUAUGUUGUUAAGAAAAAAAUAACUGAUAAACGAGAAAAAGACAAUCGUGAUCAUUUAGAACGUUGUAGACGUCAGCAGCAUUAUGAAGCUACAGAAAAUACAUCUGAUCGAAUGAUACAUGAAUUUAUUAAACAGUUACAUUUGAAAUAUUUUACAAAAAACUUGCGUAUUGAUCACAUUAUUGAACAAUUAAAGAAAAAAAACAGUGUAUCACUUUGGGAAGAAAUGAGAAUUUGUGUAUUUACAAGAGCAUGUUUAUUAGUUUAUGCUGAAACAUUUUUAGUAAUUACUCUUAAAAUUCAAUUAAACUUAUUGGGAGGACUUGUAUAUAAAAGCUUAUCUCAAGACUCUCCACCAAUUUGUUCAAAAACUCAAGAAGACUAUUUAUCCUUAUUUGGUCAUUUUAUUGAAGACGGUAUUCAACAAUUGGAAGAAUAUUUGAAAAGUAAAGUUUUUAAAUAUGUUCAACAAAUUCCUAUUCAAGAACAGUAUAAUUUACAAGAUUUAGAAAAACUCUUUUACCUUAUCCAAACUGAUAUAGCUAGUGAUUCAGACAGUCCUUUUCAUUCUAUUGAUUCUUUUGUUUUGCACAAUGUAUCUCAAAAUCAAGAAGCAUUAUUACAAGAUAUGGUAAAUGAAACUAAAGAAUUAUUAAAAAAUGAAGAAAUUAUUUCUGUAGCUCGUUAUUCUACUUGCCAUAGUUUUAAUAAAUUAAUGGAUACUGUAACUGUCAACAUACCAAAUCAAUCUGUUACUUUACCAACUUCAGUACAAAUGCCAUUUGCUAAAUGGUUGCCCAUAUUGGAUAGAUCAGUAAAAGUAGCUGAAAAUGGAGAGUGUAAUUUUAAACAAGAAGUACAUAUAGAUCCUAAAGUUAAAGUCUUAAGUGCAAAUGUUUAUGAAGCUUUUUGUUCUGCAUAAAUUUCAAAAAGUAAAUGGUGGUUAAAUAUUACAUUAUUUAAACGGAUUGUUAUACUUGUUAUAUGGUGUUUGUUAUGUUACAUUUAUGGUAUAAUAUUAAAAUAAAUGUUCAUUGUUUUAUUAUGUACUAA